CCUGUGUAUUUCUACUUCUACUUCUUUCUUGCCUCCAUUUUCUCUUUGAAUCGAGGCGACUCCCACUUCUUCUCCUACCUUAGGCUAUCCCAGCUGGACUGGUCUGUCGCUUCGCCACACACGUGCUGUUGCUGCUGCUGCUUCAGAGCUCGAGAACCCCCGCCUGACUGUCGCGACCGAAAUGGCCCCGCUCGGCACCGUCGCCGCUUUUGCUGCCUCCGCCCUGCUCCUCAGCCCAGCAGCGGGGCAGUCUACGGACGGAGGCGGCAGCGGUAGCAACACCAAGGUCUGGGCCGCCGUCGCAUACAUCUACAACGGCGAGACCUCGCCCGGCCCGCAGACGAUUCUCACUCCCGAGGGCGCCCAGCAGCUCCGCAGGCAAGGCGCCGCCUUUCGCAGCCGGUACCUGGUGGGAAGCAAUAGCAGCGGCACCGACUCGGCGCAGAUACAGGAGAUCUCCAAGGAUGCGAUUGACAACCGGCAGCUCAGAAUCCUCUCUCGAACGGAGUCAUGGAUAGCCUCAGGUGCCGCCGCUUUCAUGCAGGGCUUAUAUCCGCCGCAGACCGACGCCUACAUUGACAUGACGGGCUCCAGCGACCUGAAGAACAACUUUGCCGCGGGAUCAAACGGCACGGAAUACCCUCUGAACGGAUACCAGUACGCACUGGUCCAAACCCUGUCCAGCGAGGAGAGAACGUCGGUCGCGCUCCAGGGCGAUGUCGCGUGCAGCGCAUGGCUGGCUGAGACAGGCGCAAACCUCACACAAAGUCAAGCCAUUCAGGGCAGCAUUGACCGAAACCGCGUCUUCUAUCAGGACCUGUUUUCAUCCGGGCCGCUCCAAGGCAUCAUCUCCCCAAGCGAUGCGACGUAUCUCAAUGCCUACGAGAUUUACGAAAUGGUCAACUACCAGUAUGAACACAAUGAGACCGUCUACAAGGGUCUCAAAAAUGCGAACAACACGCUCACCAUCUUGCGGGCCAACGCUUUUGACCUGGAGCGAGCCAAGACCAGUGUCAAUACCACGAGCCAAGACAUCUCACUGAAAACCCUCUAUAGUAUUGCCGGGCGGACUUUGGCUUACAACGUCGCCAAUGCGUUCAACGGCACCGUCGCCGCCAACGGCGCAAGCAGCAAGAUGACCGUUAUGUUUGGGACGCUUCGGCCGCUGCUCUCAUUCUUAUCGGUUGGAGGACUCUUCACAAGGGAGAAUGUUGCCUCUGGCCCGCUCUCAACGCUUCCAUACCACGGCGCAGCCAUAGUCUUCGAGCUCGUCUCCCAGCGCUACGCGAGCAACGGGGGCGGCUUCCCGUCGGCGGAUGAUCUAAGUGUGCGCUUUUACUAUCGGUCGGCGACCGCCUUGAAUGGGACUUUUGCAGACUAUCCGCUUUUCGGCUCUGGGAACGAUGGGCCGAGCAUCCCUUUCAUGUCAUUUGUACGGCAAAUGCAGGAGAGGGGCACAAGUCCGACAGGCUGGUGCAGCAUCUGCCGCCCAGAAGGAACAGCCCCCUGGUGUGGCUACAUACCGAACAACAGCGAAGACCCCAAGUGCCCAAGCAACACCAAUUCGGGAAUGAGCCCGGCCGUCGGUGGCGUCAUUGGCGCCGUCAUCGUGCUAGGUAUCAUUGGUCUGGUCUCCCUUGCACUCUUCGCACUUGGAGGCUUUCGUCUGCGCCGGUCCGGCAAGCCAGAGCGCAACGCCACGCUUGGAGGGUUCAAGGGCGCGGAGCGCAUGCCUGGGGACCCCGACGUCACCGUAACCAAGGUUGGGGCGCGCGAAGAACGCGUCGGCAGCUGGGAGCUCCGCGAUGACGGUGGCCGAGGGCCGCCCAUGACAAAUGCAGGAAUCCUGACAGGGGACUUUCACCGGGCUUCAAGGCGCAUGGAGGACUCGGACGGGGUUAGUGUGGAUGAGCCGCCGGUUCAUGCUCGUGAGAGUGUGUGAUGGACAAUGUUGGAUAGAGGCUUCGAAGUACAUGCUUGGAUAAUAUGACCUGGACGACAUUGCAAUUUCUACCGGCGUGUGAGGGGUCUCGGCGCAGGUUGGAUCUGGUCCAAGGUGUGGUGGCAAUGUGUUGACUUUCUUCCGUACAUAUAUGA